AUGGAUUUUUAUGAAACAAGGCGGCCAAGGAUACAACUUAAUAAAGGCAAAGGGAAAAUCGAACAAGAAAAUGUGCAUUGGGAAACCGGUCAAGAAAAAGUUGGAGAUUCUUCAACACGAAAACUUUUUGUUCGAGGCAUUGCUCGGGAGACAACGGAAGAAUCUUUUAGGAAGCAUUUCAGAAAGUUUGGAAACAUAACUACUUCUAUAAUAAUCCCGGAUAAAAACUCUAGAAGGAAACUGGCAUUUGGAUUUGUUACAUAUGCUGAUUCGGAAAGUGCAAAUAAAGCUUUAGGGGAAGAGCAUAUCAUAGAUGGUAGAGCGGUGGAAGUGAAGAAAAGAGUACGUAAUAGGUCGAGAACAGAGAAUAUUUUUAUCCGUGGUCUUCCACAAUCUUUAACUGAAGAUGAUUUGAAGACACAUUUUUCUUCUUACGGCAAUGUUGUGGGGCAUCAGAUCAUGCUGGAUCGUUCCACUGGUCGGUCCCGAGGCUAUGGCUUUGUGACUUUUAAUAGUAAAAAAGCAGUUGAAAAGGUUUUGGCGGACGGAUGUAUGCACGAACUUGGUGGCAAACAAGUUGAAAUUAAGAGGGACGAGCCAAGGAGAGUUAGAGUUGAACAUGCAAGUGAACACCGGUUACAUCGUGGUGGGAUUAUUUCAAAAUCGCAUUGUGGUGUCAAUGGUUCUGUAGAGGGUUUUCGUGGCGCAUAUGGUGGAAACAUGGGUAGAGAUCAUGGUGGAUAUGGAGGAUAUGAAGGAUACAGCAAUUAUGGUGGGCGUGGCAAGUUUGCAGGAAGUUACGGUGCAGGUCCUGCAGGAUUUAACCCUGUACAUGGUGGAUACAGUGAUGGAUUUGGCGCAGCUGGUUAUGGAGGCAGCAGCUAUGGUGCACCUGUCAACUGUGGUGGUAGUACUGGUGGAGCUAUGUAUGGUGCAGCUGGUUAUGGAGGCAGCAGCUAUGGUGCACCUGUCAACUAUGGUGGUAGUACUGGUGGAGCUAUGUAUGGUGCAGCUGGUUAUGGAGGCAGCAGCUAUGGUGCACCUGUCUACUAUGGUGGUCGUACUGGUUAUGCCAGCAGUAACAAAUAUGGGAGCAGUGGUGGCAAUCCUGCUGGUCAUGAUAAUGCAAACAGGUAUGACAAUCGUGGCAGCACUGUUGGCAAUCCUGCUGGUUGUGAUAAUGCAAACAGAUACGACACUGGUGGCAGAAGUGGUGGUGCCAAUGCAUAUUGGAAUAAUGAUGCUGCUGAUGGGAGGUUUCAUCGUUAUUGGAAGUGAUAAG